AUGCGCUUGCGAUGUCUUGUUGCACUGAGUCUGUGCAUGUACCUUGGAGCUGUUGGGGCCUUGAAUGGGACGGUUGAAUAUUUGAAUGUUUCGACUCCCUCGGAGCCGUCUGCAUUUGGGGCCACCCACGGCAUUGGAGAUUAUGUCGCCGCCGGUAUUGGCAUCGAGAGUACCACUACCACUUCCUCACGAAUCAUCAAUGCUACAGCGAGAUCAUCACCACACACUCAAGCAUUGAGCACUGGCCUGUCCGGCUCAAACGACGCUUCUGUCGUCCAGCACCGCAAUGCAACCUCCACCCAGGCCAUUUUGGGUCUAAGCCAAUGUUGGGACCAGUGGUCAACAUACUGGGACAAGCUGCCCUCAUUUUCCACACAUCUAGAGACUGCCUGCGUCUCUACGUCCGAGGUCAUGACCUAUGCGUCCACGAUUUUCUACACAAUGACCCGAGCUGAUGUGACACCGUACACAAGCCUCACCACCUGGACAGGCACGGCAACCAUCGAUAACAAUGGCUUUGCGGUCAGCACCUACUACAAGAUCGAAACGUGGACGAUCAAGAAUACCCGCUCCGCAAAAGGCACUACAUACACAAGUGCUGCGUCCGUGCUAUACACUUAUGUCGAAACGUGCGAUCGAGCAUACUCGACUACUGCAUCAGCACGCCAACCAAAUUGUACGUUACCAAGCACAAGUCUGCCACAAUGUCAGACUUCUUGGGACUCGUGGUUGAGUACUCAGCUAAGCCCAAUCGAGGGUACCAAGACUUCGAAUGUAUCCGCUGGCCCAGCGCCCUCUUGCACACAGGCAUCUAUUGCUGAAAAGACGUGUGUGUCGCUUAAAGAUGCGUUCGUCUCCAGCAGCUUGGACUUGUCGUACUUCAGCAAGAUACUGCCUUCCAACAUAACGCCAGACGGAAGGCCCGAACAUCACGUGCACUGGUCAGGAGGCUACUAUUCGUGGCGCGCUGGGGACUGGAAUUGGCCACCAAGCACAGCAUUCUUCGCUCCAAGCUGCACGCUAGGUUGCGGGAGAUGCUCCAUCAAAGGAGGUACGGUCGAUCUGCUCUAUUGGCCGCCAGCAACAACGAAGACGAUUGGAGCGAACGACAGUGCUCCUACUACGACGAAUGACAACUUCGUUAUCACGACGUUGGGCACAACCCUAACCAGUCCUACACUUUACAUCUCAUACCGCAGCCUUUACGCAGAAGACGCAUGCGGCAAAAAGAUCGGCACCACCAUCUACGACACCAUCCUGGCAAUCCCGGCAGAAAGUACGCUUCAGAGCAUCUGGGGAUCCGUCGGUAGUGUCGACGAGUACCAAACAACGGAUGUCUACACAUCGACGGCUUCGUUCAACGUAUCCGACCUAUAUCAAGAUCCUGUACCCAUGAGCAUCUAUUCAAGCCAACCUUGGUGUGCCAAAUGGGCGUACUUCUAUCUCUGGAACAACUUCACCAGUACGUCGUGGCAUUGUCCUCAUACGGAGGCGUACAAGCCGAUCAUCAAAGUGCCGGAAGAUGUUCUGAAGAAGGUUGAUCCGCUCUGGGCUGAUUGUGUCGAGGCGUAUGGGGGCGUUUAUGAUCCACCGUUGGCUUUGAGACCUGCUUCGACUGCUGCGGGUGUUACUGUGCCGAAUCAGCCUGAUUCGAUGACGACUCCGGCUGCUCAGGCUUCGACGCCGCUGCCGAUGGUUGCGCCAUCUACUACUGCGGUGCGAGCAGAAUCUCCUAACCCGAAAGAGCCUUCAGUGCCAGCUCAACCUCAGCCUACUGCCGAUGACUCCCCAAGCGAAUCGCCGGCUGAGAGCCAGGACGAGGAACACGACAGCACGCCACAAGAGCAAAUACCAGGUACUCAGCCCACAAGCCUUGACGACAGUGUAUUGCAAGAGGCUAUCGAAUCAGCUGUGGCAGCAGUGCAAGCAGAGCAGCCUCAAGAAACUCCACCAAGUCCUACAGUCGCAACGACCUCCCCAGAAGUGCUUACAAUUGCCUCGCAAACCUUCACACAUGUGCAAGCGGACGCACACGCAGUGGUCUUCGCUGACGCUGGGACGUCAUUCUCAAUCCAAGCGGGUGGAGAUCCAGUCACGGUUGGCUCCAACCUCGUGUCUGCGAUCAGGUCCAAUGAGCUCGUCGUGGGGGCAGGCGAUGCGGCGAGCACUUUGACGUUGGAACCAGCCGGGGGGACGUCCCAGCCCAGAGUCGAGGUGACGGUGGGCUCUGAGAUCUUCAGCGUUGAGGUGGGAAGUGCAAAUGUUUUCUUCAACGAGGAAUCUACCUUCAGGUUGGAAGCUGGCGUGGCGACGCAGAUUGGAUCAAACGUCGUGAGUGCUGUCCCUGGGGGAGGGGCCAUUGUUGUUGAUGCUGCAGGCGGCCCGACUACCAUUCCUUUGCCAAUCAUCGGAACCAGUAACAUCGACAGUGAUGCAGGCGUCAACGGUGCGGAAUUCGAGAUUAGCGGCGAAUCGUACACGGCUAUCAAAACUUCUGGCUCAGAUGGCAAAGUCGUGGUCGCUCAAGGCAGCAGUGCCCUUACAAUUGACGGAACAGCCACUUCCAUCAAUGGCCAGGCUCUCACAGUAGCUUCAGAAGGAGUCGUUGUGAAUGGUGUCACGCAUUCGUGGACCAGUGCUGGAAUUGUAUCUAGCCCUGAUGUGUCUUCUUCUAGGAGCUCUACAGCGGCUGCAUCAAGGCAAACAACGAAACCCGUGGCCAGUGGUGAUCAAACUGCGAUUCCUGAAGGGACAAGUCCACCAGGGCCGACGUCGACGUCAGGAGCGACAGACCACCAGCUGCGCCUGUUGUGA